AUGGAAAAUGCUCAGAAAUUUGCUAUGAUGCGGACCUAUGAGCUUCUGAUUGAUGACAAUAACAAGAUAGAUUGGUAUUAUAUGAUUGCACACAAUUUUGCUCGGCCUAGAGCUAAGGUUUUCAUGUGGCUUAUUUGUCAAAACCGGUUGGCAACCAAGGUGAGAAUGAAGAAUAUGGGCCUACUUCAACACUCCAUCUGUCAGCUUUGCAACAAGGAAGAGGAAGACCUUGAUCACUUGAUGUUUAAAUGUCCAGCUACUGCUCACAUCUGGGUGGACAUGAAGAGAUGGUUGAAUAUAGAGCAGAAUCAACAUGUUCACCUGGAAUGGCUGAAAAGAAUGGCAAAAGGUAAAGGAUGGAAAAACCAGAUUGUCAAAGCUGCAGCAACUGAAGCAUGCUAUGGUAUUUGGAUGUACAGAAACUCCAUUAUAUUUGAUAAUAAAGGAUCAUAUAGUGAUAUCCAUAGGGUUACUAGAAAUGUUUUUGAUUCCAUUGUAUAUAGGGGUUGGAGAAAACCCAAGCUUAGAAAGCAUAUAGUAAAUAUUCUUAUGUAG